AUGCUGAAGAUGCUAGAGAAAUCCUUGAGGAAAAGCCUCCCUGAGUCCUUAAAGGUUUAUGGGACCGUCUUCCACAUGAACCAGGGAAACCCGUUCAAGCUAAAGGCCCUGGUGGACAAGUGGCCUGAUUUUAAUACAGUGGUUGUCCGCCCUCAGGAGCAGGAGAUGACAGAUGACCUUGAUCACUACACCAAUACCUACCAAAUCUAUUCCAAGGACCCCGAGAAAUGUCAGGAAUUCCUUGGCUCACCAGAAGUCAUCAACUGGAAACAACAUUUGCAGAUUCAGAGUUCACAGUCCAGCCUGGAUAAAGUGAUAGAAAAUCUUGUAGCCAUUAAUUUCGGCAAGGUCAAGCAUACACGAUGCAUCCUCUAUAUGAUGCACGAGACAGCAAGGAAAUUGUUUCCUUCCCUGGUGGAUGCAAAGAACUUACCACCCAACGAUGGCGUCCCCACGUCCAUCAACCAAGAAAUGUUUCAAAUCUCAUCCCUGGAUGUCACCCAUGCUGCCGUGGUGAAUAAAUUCUGGCAUUUUGGUGGCAAUGAGAGGAGCCAGAGAUUCAUUGAGUGCUGUAUCCGGGCCUUCCCCAGCUUCUGUCUGCUGGGGCCUGAGGGGAACCCUGUGUCCUGGACCUUGAUGGAUCAGACUGGAGAGCUGCGGAUGGCAGGCACCAUACCCGAGUACCGGGGCCAGGCUCUCGUUACCCAUAUCAUCCGUGUCCAGGUCUACUUUCUGGGAAAACUUGGCUUCCCCAUGUAUUCCCAUGUGGAUAGGGCCAACUACAUCAUGCAAAAACUGAACCUCAGCACACACAGUAUCUCCAUGCCCUGUGACUGGAACCAGUGGAACUGUGUGCCCCUGUGA